GUCGCGCAGUGCGAGCGGCCAGGGCGGCGGCAGCAGCGAGCACCUGCAGCAUCGCAUCGCACUGACUGCUGCGCUGCGUCUGCAGCCCGCGGCGCCGUGUCAGUGCGGCGAGGCUCUUGGGCGCGAUUGCUCGGCCUAGGCCGCUUGCGAGCAAGGGGUUGCUGAGCCAAUACCACCGAAUCUCCUCCAACCUCUCCUUACGCUCCUCCGCCCACUCCACCACCGCCCCCAUCGCCACACGCACCCCAUCGCCGCAGCUCGCAGCAGCCCGGCCUUCGCGCGGAAGGCUCUCCUGGCUGGCCAACUUCGCUCCUUUGCUUCCGCUCUCUACCACGACCCGCUCCGCGCCCGCCGACGCCGUCGCACCACCCGCACCGCCGCCACACCCCGUCGCCGGCACUAAUACCGCCCGCCCGCGACUUCUCCUUCUUCACGAUACCCCCCGUUACGCGCCACUAUGCCCGCCGUGAUGGCUGCCGCGCCCUACGAGAUCCGGACCGGCGGCGACGGCAAGUCCAAGAAGCAGAGCAUGGCCGAGCUGAAGCUGCGUCGCCUGACAGAGCUCAACCAGCGCCUGCGGGAGGACCUCGAGCGCCGCCGGAUACCCGUGUCCGAGGCUGCCCUGGAUCUCAUUGCUUUCACAGACAAGGAACCCAAAGACUGGAUGGUGCCCUCGCGAUGGGGAACCAUUGACAAGCGCGAGGACCCCUACGCCCCCCAGCAAAGUAGCGGCUGCUGCAUCGUAAUGUAAACGGCGAAAAGAGGAUGCAGCCUGAUGUCAGAGUAACGGCGUUCAUGUGGGCCCUUUCACGGCAGUGUUUCAUUUUACCUUUAGUUUGGUUGUGGUUAAUACCCCACGGUGUGCAGCAGUCCCGACCGCUGAUAUUCAUGGAUCAUGUACUUUCAGCAAUGUGUAAAUUACGGAAAAGGCGGCUUCGACGCUCGCUGCUGUUCAUUGCUGGCAGCGCAGUAGGACUUUUCUUGGGUUUUUCUCUACUUCAGCCAGCAUGCCUCCAGCGGCUGCUGUGCCUCACAAAUCACGAGACGACAAUCGUCUCACUUUACUGCA